GCACAUCCAUCUGGACGUCACACGUGUGUGACGCUUUUGUUUGCGGUUUAAAUGGAAAUCCGCAGUUUUUUCGCACAUCCUUCAGUUGUAUUGUCCCGCAGCUGAAACCGCAAUAAAUCACCGCAGAGCGGAGCGGAGCUGCCUGUCUCUGUGGGCGUUUCUUCUCCUCUUUCUGCUCCUUAAUAAAGUGCAGAAAGAGAGGGGGCACCCAACAGUCCGUCUCACUUUACCGCACAAACUGGACUUUAACCCGCCUCAGGACCAAGAAUUAACCGGGAGGAACCUGCGGAGCUCAGCCUAAACUCCAAUUUGACCUGUGUGACCUCAUCAUCAUGAGUCUGAGCGCCAACGACCUCAGCGAGCUCAUGGAGCUGUGGGAGGAGCUAAACCUGACCGCCUCCGACCACUACAACUUGUCCCGCGUGGAGACGCUGCUGUGUUCAGGCGCCGUCAGCCACGCCGCCUUCCUCCACCUCCUCUCUGUCCUCUACAUCUUCAUCUUCCUGGUGGGCCUGGCCGCCAACGCCCUGGUGGUGUGGGUGAACCUGCGCUCCGACAGGGACCGCUACGAGACGCACCUGUACAUCCUGAACCUGGCCGUGGCCGACCUGUGCGUCGUGGCCACGCUGCCGGUGUGGGUGACCUCGCUGCUGCAGGGCGGGCUGUGGCCGUUCGGAGAGGCCGUGUGUAAGCUCACCCACCUGGUCUUCAGCGUCAACCUCUUCAGCAGCAUCUUCUUCCUCACCUGCAUGAGCGUGGACCGCUACCUGUCCGUCACGCUGUACGCCCACGCCCCCGACAGCCGCAGGAAGAAGGUGGUGCGACGACUGAUCUGCGUACUGGUUUGGCUGUUGGCGAUGGCGGCCUCCGUCCCCGACACCUACUUCCUGCAAGCGGUCAAGUCGCCGCACUUUGACGGCGCCAUCUGUCGCCCGGUGUACCCGUCGAGCAACCCUCGGGAGUGGAUGGUGGGCGUCCAGCUGAGCUUCAUCGUGCUCGGCUUCGCCAUUCCUUUCCCAGUCAUCGCCGUCUUCUACCUGCUCCUGGCAGCCGCCAUCCCUCCCAGCUCGGACCAGGAGCGCCGUGUCAGCCGGCGGAUCAUCCUCACCUACAUCGUGGUCUUCCUGGUGUGCUGGCUGCCGUUCCACGCCGUCCUCCUGCUGGACACGCUGUCGCUCCUCAACGUCCUGCCCUUCAGCUGCCGGCUGGAGAACUUCCUGGACGUGGCGCUGCACCUGACGCAGUGCUUCUCUCUGGUCCACUGCUGCAUCAACCCGGUCCUGUACAACUUCCUCAACAGGAACUACCGAUAUGACCUCAUGAAAGCCUUCAUAUUCAAAUACUCAACCACCACGGGGCUCGCCAGGCUCAUCGAUGGCUCGCACGCCUCCGAGACUGAACACUCGGUGGUGUUAAUGGACAACAGCAUCCCGAUGUGAACUCGUCUUUAGACCUGAGAACUUUUUUUUUUUGUGCCGCACUCUAUUACUUCUGUUGGCUCCUGGAAGCAGCACUGGUGGGAAAUGACAACGCUUCCAACGGGAAGUUUAGACUCGGAAACACUUGCAAAAGACUUGCAAAAUGUACUUAAAACUACACAAACUCUUCCUCCACCAGCUGGGACCAGGAGCACCGAGUCAGCUACGGGGCCUUGAUGGUCCAACAGCCUGAUGGUCCAACAGCCCGAUGGUCCAACAGCCCGAUGGCCCAACAGCCCGAUGGCCCAACAGCCCGAUGGUCCAACAGCCCGAUGGUCCAACAGCCUGAUGGUCUGGGUCGUGGUGAUGAACAAAAGGGCUGUGAAAGCUUCUCCAGACAUGGGAACACUUUGUAUGACUUGGAAAAGCUUCUUGGGAGCACUUCUCAAGACUCGGGAAUACUUUUUAAAGAUUUGCAAGCAAUUUUCAAAAUGUAGGAACACUGUUUAACUUAAAUACAUUUCUCAGGACUUGUGAGUGUUUUUAAAGAUUUGCAAACUCUUUUCAAGACCAACAAACACUAGAUAUGACUCAGAAAAACUGACCCAGAGUGCUUCUGAGGACUUGCAAAUGCUUAUCAAAUUUUGGACGAGUGUUUAAAGACUUGCAAAGACUUUCGAAUCUCUUUCUAGUACCCAGAAAAGCUUCCCGAGUCUUUGGAAUGCUUCUCUUUUUAAAGACUUACAAACACUCCCUGAUUAUAUAGAAUACCUUG